AUGUCACAAUGUCGGAAUAAUCAAGAAAUGAUUUCAGAGUUACCGGAUAACUUUGAUCCCCUGGAUGUAAUUUAUUUGGAUGAACCCCAGAAGGAACCUAUGCCAAACUUAAAAGCUAUCUAUGAUAAACCCGUUGCCGAAUUACAUAUUCGUUAUCAAACGAAAGAAUGGUUGCGAGAUAAAGGAUUUUUAAUUAAAUCUCCGGUAUUUUCUAGUAUUUCUAAUCCUACGCUGUUUAAAGGUCUGAGGAAAGAUCAUGAGAGUAAACUAAACUUGGAAGAAUCCGAAAACGAUGAAGAGAAAAAACUUAAAGUUUUGGUAGCGAAUGACAUUAAUAAUGAUGAUAAGGAAAUUGAUAGCGAUCACGAUUUUGAAGAUGAUCACGGGACUGAAGAUGAAGAAUUUGAAAGUAAAAGUCUUAAAGAAAAGAACAAAUUUCUGAAUUCGAAAAGUAUUGAAUAUAUAACUGAAAGUAGGAUACUCGAUAAAAUAAUCAUACCAGAAAGUAAUCUUGUAAAUGAACCUCGAGUGGUUAUUGAUAACAGGUUUAAUGAGAGAUUUAACCAGAAAUUUAAUGAAAAAGUUCAAGAGGUCUCAACUCAUGUUAAGGAAGGGAAGAGUGAAAUGGUUAAAGUUGAGCAAGAUGGAAAGGGAACAAACAUUAAUAAUGUUACACUGGGUAAAGGUGUAAAAAGCGAAGAUCAAGAUGAAGUUGAAAAGGAUAAAAAGAAGCAUAGGAGCAAGAAGAUAAAAUAUUAUAGCGAUACGAGUAUUGACUGGAGUAGUGACAAUAGCAGUGAUUACAACGAUUCUUCCAGUGAAGAUGAAUUUGUUUCAUUGUCAAAGAAGAGACUAAGGACGUAA